UUUGGUUCGGGACCUGUGGAUCAAAAGAGGGGCCAGACCCUACGUCUGGAUUCCAGAGAUGCUGAAUCCAGUGCUUUUGGAAAUCACCGACUAGUAGAGAACUUUCAGAGAGACUUGAAGAAGCAGCGCAUCAGCGGAAAAGAAAAGUGGAGAGGAGAGGGACGAGGACGCCGAGGGGAGGGGGGUUCUGUGUUCAAAACUUCAUUAAAACAUCAGCAACAAAGUGUAGCUCCGCUACAUCUUUUUCUUUAAAAGGUUACCUCUCCAGCCAGCAAAAUUCCACCCAAAAGCAGACAACAGGAUCGGCCUGCGCUCACGCGGCUGGUCGGCAGGAAGCGGCUAGUGGCAGCAGGGGUCCUGGGGGUCGUAAUGGUUCUGGUUCUGGUCAUCCUCAUCCCGGUACUGGUCAACUCAGCGGGCUCGGCGGCGCACUACGAGAUGCUCGGUACCUGUAGGAUGGUGUGCGACCCGUACGGCACCAAAUCUCCGACUAGCCCCGUCACGGCGGACACGGUCCGAGACAACAGCCUCGCGCAGUCUUUACCCACUUUUAUCCAAGGUCCGAAAGGGGAACCGGGUCGUCCGGGUAAGGCGGGUCCGAGGGGACCUCCUGGUGAGCCGGGACCGCCCGGCCUGGCGGGGUCACCGGGAGAGAGGGGCAGACCUGGUUCACCAGGACCUCCGGGACUCAGCGCAGCUGCCGGUGCAAUAAGCGCGGCCACCUACAGCACCGUGCCCAAGAUUGCUUUUUACGCAGGGCUGAAAAAGCAACACGAGGGCUACGAGGUGCUCAAGUUCGACGACGUGGUGACCAAUCUGGGGAAUCACUACGAUCCGAACACCGGGAAGUUCACGUGUUCCAUCCCCGGGAUUUAUUUCUUCACUUAUCACGUCCUGAUGCGCGGAGGGGACGGAACGAGCAUGUGGGCGGAUCUCUGCAAAAACAACCAGGUGCGUGCCAGUGCCAUAGCCCAGGAUGCGGACCAAAACUAUGACUAUGCCAGUAACAGCGCUGUGCUGCAUCUAGAGCCAGGAGACGAGAUCUACAUUAAACUAGACGGAGGCAAAGCUCAUGGAGGCAACAACAACAAGUACAGCACCUUCUCUGGAUUCAUCAUCUACGCUGACUAGACAACAACACCAUCAUACCCUGAGCUGUUACAGGCCUUCUCGCCCAGUCCUUUUACAAAUCUUCCCCCUUGAUGCUCAGACUUUACUCUUUUCAACAUGUGUGGAUAAAACAAUAUUAAUCAGCCUUCAUAACCUGCACAAUAUUUUAUUUUCUACAUUCUGCCAAUGUCACUGUACGGAGCGAAAGUUACUUGGACAGUAACAUCAAUGAAAUGGUCGAAUUGUCAAAGUGAUGAAUCAAACCCGAUCCUCUCUUUAUACCAUGACAUCACACUUAAAGUUGCAACUGAUGUCUUUGUGUUGAUGUAGUGAUGGUGGUAAAGCGGCGAGCGAGGAGUUUGUUUGUGCAUGUGUUGGGGUGUGGGCAGACAUUCACUAAACAUCAGUAACCUGUAGCCUACAUGUAACCGCCUGCUGCUAUUUGAGUUAAUGGUCAAAGAUGGAUGUUAAUAGAUACAACUUUAAAAGGGAUGACUUUCACUGAAAGAGGUGAUUCAUUUGGUGGGCCCUCACUCUUAAAUCUGAUUGGGCAAGAAGAAGAAGUCAAGAAGAAAGUAGAAAAAAAGGAAAUCAGAUAGAAAAGCAGCAGCUAGUGGGUUGUUCUAAAAACUGACUGGGAUGAUUUUGUGCAAUACCUACUAUAAUAAACUAUAUUCAUGGUAAUAAUGAUUAAGAAAGCCCUCAGUCAGU